GUUUCUGCCCUACAAAGCAGACGCCUGGUUUCUUGCAGAAGACCCCUAAACACAACCAAUAGUACAGAGAAGUUUCUCCAUAUAAGCUAAUUGCCCCACAUUUCAGAGGCGGAAGGGUUCUAGACGCUGGCGAGCGAGAGAGAUAGAGGGCGAGAGCGCUCGCGCGCGCGCAAUGGAGGCGUCUUCCGCCGUGAAGCGGCCCCUCGAGGUCUCCUCCAGCGACCCCAACAGCCCCUUCCCCUCCCCUUCCUCCGCCGCCGCGGCCUCCAAGCGCCGCCCCCCGCACUCGCCCGCUGCCCCCUUCCGGGCCCUCUCGCCGCGGCUGAAGUCCUCCCCCAACGAAACCCUCUUCCGCAUCCUCUGUCCCGCCGAUCGGACCGGCGGGGUCAUCGGCAAGGGCGGUUCCAUCGUCCGUCAGUUCCGCGAGGAGACCGGCGCUAAGAUCCGAAUCGAGGACCCCGUCCCGGGCUCCGAGGACCGCGUCAUUACCAUCAUCGCCGAGGCGCCGCCGAAGAAGCGGCGGGAGGAUGGCGGAGGGAACGGCGGCGAGGCGGCUGAGGACGAUCCCUCCCCGGCCCAGCGGGCCCUUGUUAGGGUUUUCGAGAGGAUGCUUAGGGUAGAGAGUGAGAGGGUUGGGGAAGGAAAUGGAGGAGGAGGAGGAGAAGGAGGAGGGGAGGAGAAGGAGAUACAGGGGCAGGUGGUGUGCAAGCUUCUGGCGCCCAGCAGCCAAGUGGGGUGUAUUCUUGGGAAAGGAGGAAAGAUCGUUGAGAAAAUCAGACAAGAGAGCGGAGCUCAGAUUAGAAUUUUUGGGAAGGAUCAGGUGCCACUGUGUGCUGUUGCUGGGGACGAGCUGAUCCAUAUAUCUGGGAGUUUCUCUGCUGUAAAGAAAGCACUGCUAUCUGUUUCGAGGUGUCUGCAGGAUAACCCUAGAACAGAGUCAACUAACUUUACCAUUCCGAAGCCAUUUGGACCAACCAGUCAUGGAGCUGGUCCCCCUACAAUGAUGGAUCCUUAUGCUCAAAGAAGCUUAUUGCCUAAUCAGCAUGUCCCAGAUUAUCAUUCCAGAGGAUAUUCAUCAAAUCCAGGAAUGGACAAUUUUGUGCCUGGACAUAGAAAGGUUCUAGAAGAGGAUGUUAUGUUCAGAAUAUUAUGCUCCAAUGACAAAGUUGGUAGCAUCAUUGGGAAAGCUGGUGUAAUUAUUCGGGGCUUGCAAAGUGAAACUGGUGCAACAAUCAAGAUUGUUGACCCCAUUCCAGAUUCAGAUGAAAAGGUUAUUGUGAUAUCUGCACGUGAGACUUCAGAAUUAAGACAUUCUCCAGCACAAGAUGCUGUCCUUCGUGUCCAUUCUAGACUUGCAGAGGCAGGAUUUGAUAAAAGCUCUGCCAUUUCUGCAAGGCUUCUAGUUCCUGCACAGCAGAUUGGUUGUCUGUUGGGAAAAGGUGGCACCAUUAUUGCUGAAAUGAGAAGGGCUACUGGGGCCAGUAUCCGGAUUUUUUUAAAGGAACAAGUUCCAAAAUGUGCUCAACCAAAUGAUGAGCUUGUCCAAGUGACUGGGAGUUUUCAAUCUGUUCAGGAUGCAUUGCUUCAUAUCACGAGCAGGAUUCGAGAGACAAUCUUUCCAAUGAAAACUUUUCCAAGUGCUGGCAUGACUCAGUAUACAUCUGCAGCAUCUGAAAUCCCUCCUUUCCCGAGACCAAUACAUGAGCCAACCCCUCCUGGACGUUACUCUACAGUUGGAGUAUUUCACGGUGCUGAUGCUUCUAUCGGUCUCUCCAAAAUCCAAGAUCGGCCGCCUCCUCUCUCGCAUGGUGUUGAUCGUCUUGCGGUUGAUCGCAUUCCCAUGUCUUAUGGCCCUGACACUACAGGACCUCGUCCGGCUGUUGAUCAUCCUUCACCAAGGUUAUGGGCUCCUGAGGUAAUGAGCACUAAAACCCCAAGAGGUACUCCUGAUGUGGGAACUGGUUUCAGAAGUGGAGGGAUGGGAAGUGGAGGUCAGACACCUGUAGCGACAAGCAAUACAGUUGAACCUCUAGAAACAAGCAGAAAGGUUGAACAUAUUAUUCCUCAAAAGGAUCUGACAUAUGUUUACGGAGAGAACAACAGCAACCUUGCUGAGAUUAGACAGAUAUCGGGUGCUCAGUUCACGAUUCAUGAUGCAGUGCCUGGGGCGACUGCAGGAAGGGUCGUUAUAUCUGGAACCCCUCAGCAGGUGAAAAUGGGCCAAAGUCUUAUGCAUGCUUUUAUCAUGUGGGGACGUUAUAUCAAGGAUGCUUGAUCAGAUGAAAUGGAUCAGACCGUUCUCCAUGCUUUCAUCCUUUGGGAUCAGCUGGGAAUUGCUUCUGCCACUAGAUCCUUGCUGUGAAGCUGUUCUUUGCCUCUUCUCAUCGAGCAGGAAAAGGAGGUGGUAUGUGGCUGAUGCAUCACUCAGGCUUUUCUUUAGCCGCACUCUUUAUUUUGGCAGAAUGUAAAAGCAUAUGCAAAGGAACUUUGUGUUCUUUAGGCACCAUAUAUAAUCUAUGGUAGCUUAGAAAGAUGUACAUGAAUGUUAGUUUCUGCUAGUUAAUCAGCAUUAUAACAUAUUGUGUCAAUAGAUUCAGUUAUCCUUUUUUUUUUUUCUGAGUACUUGUUCUUGGCAUUGUUAAUUCCAUCAAGCGCAACCUUAAAUAAUAUUUGGAAAACUCACAUGGGUUGAAACAA